CAAGAAAAAAGAAUCUAGAGAAAGUGAGUCCCCCUACUCCCUUCACCCUAAUUAAUUAUUUGGGAUUCUAAGACUUUUCAACUCCAAGUCUUUAAUUUUGUCGGCAGCUGGACACAACGAUUAGUUGGGUCUUGGGUCUCUAUAAAACUACUGGGUCCCUGCGAAAAUGGGGAUCCCUGCGAAGAUAAGGAUAACCAAGACCUCGUCAGCAUGGACGGGGAUGGGGAGAGGCUCCCCGUCCCCGCCCGGCCCCAUUACCAUUCCUAACCUCCAUUAUGAAAAAAAAGAUUGAGUUUCUUCUUCUGAUCUUAGAGUCCUCCAAUCACCGGAAGUGCAGAGCUUGAGCAGCAGAGAAUAAAGAAGAGAGGAGGUGAAAGAGUCCCUUGUAUUGCUGAAAGCAAAGAGAGGAUUGAGUUUCUUCUUCUGGUCUUAGAGUCCAAUCACCGGAAAUGCAGAGCUUGAGCAGCAAAGAAUAAAGAAGAGAGGAUUGAGUUUCUUCUUCUGCUCUUAGAGUCCUCCAAUCACCGGAAGUGCAGAGCUUGAGCAGCAGAGAAUAAAGAAGAGAGGUGGUGAACGAGUCCCUUGUAUUGCUGAAAGGAAAGAGAGUUAAUGGUAGAUGGAUCGUUGGACAGAGUAAAACACCAACAACCAACUCACCUUGUCGCGUGAAAUUUCUCCCAGGGUUCAAUAGCUCACAUGGAAUCACGAUGGCAUGGCAUUAAUCACAAAGGAUUGAGUUGUCUUCUCUGCUUUGAGUCCUCAACGGCUGAAAGUGCAUAGCGGAAGCAGCACAGAGAGGGGCACGAUAUAACUGGUGGAAGAGUCCAUUACAUUGUUGAAGUAGUCAAAGAGAGGUGGCAAAUAAGAUCUAUUCUCGUUUUCUUUAGUUUUAAUUAUAUAUUGCUUCUUCUCCUCGAAUAUCAAAAUGGUGUCAGUUGUCUCGUCCUUCGUAUUGGGGAAGGCCAAGGAUGUUUUAAUUGGCAUUGCAGAAGACUGGGUGAAGGAUAAGGUUAAGGACAAGGUGGGUUAUCUUCUUGAUUCCAAAGGUAAGAUUGAGGAACUAAAAGUUGUGAGAGAGGAGAUUCAAAAAGCAGUUAAAGAAGCUGAAAAGAAGGGAGAAGAUGUUAAAGAUGAAGUACAAAAUCUUCUAAUCGAUAUGGAGGGAAUCAUGGAAAAUUGGAAUAAGUUGCGUACAGAAAGCAAUUAUGAACCUUCUUCUUUGCACUCUAUUUACACGCUAAGCAAGGAAGCCGUGGAAAAGAUGAAAUCCAUUGAUGAACUCCUACCAAAGAAGUUAUAUAGUGUAUCUAAUCCGGCUCCCCUUCCAACGAUGGAAUCCAUUUACAAGGGAGAUUUUAAGGUCUUUGAAUCCACCAAGUUGACAAUGGAUAAAGUCAUGGAGGCAUUGAAAGAUGAAAAUAUCCAUGUUAUUGGAGUGUAUGGGAUGGGAGGUGUGGGCAAAACUUCCCUGGCGAAGGAAGUAGGCAAACAAGUGGAGAAAGAAAAACUUUUUGACAAGGUCGUGAUGGCUGUGGUGUCACAAGAACCAAACCAUAAAGAAAUGCAAGGUCAAAUUGCAGACAUGCUAGGCCUGAAAUUUGAAGAAGAAAGUGUGAUGGGAAGAGCGUUGAAGCUAUCAAGAAGGUUGGAGAAAGUGGGGAGCAUUCUUGUCAUCUUGGAUGAUAUUUGGGCUAAGUUGGAGCUGAAAGAAUUGGGAAUUCCAUUCGAUGGCAACAACAUGGGCUGCAAAAUCCUAUUCACAACACGGCGUCAAGAUGUUUGCCAUGCAAUGAAGACCCAAGCAGAUAUUCCUCUUAGCAUCUUAUCUGAAGAUGAUGCUUGGGAUUUGUUUAGAAGGAAUGCAGGUGAUGUGGUUGAAAAUGACGCUUUGAUCAGAGAUGUUGCCAAGGAUGUGGCGAAGGAGUGCGGGGGUUUGCCCAUAGCAAUUGUAACAGUUGCGGGAGCACUACGGGAUAAGAGAGAUCGACAAGAAUGGGAUUAUGCACGAAGGGAACUUCGAUUGUCUGAAUUUCAAAAUAUUGAGGAUUUAGAUCUAAAAGUGCGCUCGUGUUUGAAAUGGAGUUAUGAUUAUUUAAGGGAUUUGGAAGCCCAACGGUUGUUCUUGCAUUGCUGUCUUUUUCCUGAAGAUUAUGCUAUAUACAUUGAAGACCUAAUACUAUACUCUUUUGGAGUGGGACUUUUGAAAAAUGCUGAAACAAUAGAAGAUGCAAGAUGCAGAACACGUAGAAUUGUAAAGAAGCUUAAAGCAUCUUCCUUGUUGUUACAAGGUUGGGAUGAAGAGUCUAUCAAAAUGCACGAUGUUGUUCGUGAUGUGGCCAUCCAUAUUGCAUCUAAUAAGGGUGAACAUGAUGAAUUAUUCCUGGUGAGAGGAGGUAAUUUGGAGGAAUGGCCAACAAUGGAAUCAACAGCAGAUUACACAGCCAUCUCAUUGAUAUAUCAUCGAAUAAGGAAGCUACCUAAUUCAUUGGAAUUUUCAAAACUAAGGACUUUAGUGUUGCGUCGUGCUUAUGUCCAAAUGGAGAUUCCAGACACCUUCUUUCAAGGGAUGAUGGCACUUAGAUCUUUGGAUAUGAGUUUUAAUUACGGGCUUCACAUCCUACCAUCUUCAAUUCAGUGGCUGACAAAUCUUCGAACAUUAAAUCUACAAGAAUGCAUUAUCUUAGAAGACAUAUCUAUGCUUGGAAAUUUGAAGGGACUUGUUAUACUCAACUUAAGUGGAUGCGAAUACAUAGAAGGGUUGCCAGAAAAUAUGGCACAGUUGACCAAUCUAAGGUCAUUGAAUUUGACAGGAGCUUCUGGGAUUAAAAUUAUACCACCGAAUGUGAUAUCAUGCUGGUCCCAACUAGAAGAACUACUCAUGGAUAGUAGUUUUAAGGAUUGGGAAAUAGAAGGAAUAAGUGGAGGAGGAGGACAUGGAUGUAAAGCUCGAUUGGCAGAGUUGAAUGCAUUGCGUCGCUUAACCAGUCUACAAGUAGAAAUAAAAGAUCCAAGAAGUUUGCCAGAUGAUUUUGUUUUCCAAGAUCUUGGAGUGUUUCACAUAGAUAUAAAUUUUCGAGAUAGUUACGAUUAUCGUAUUGAAAAGGUGUUACGUAUCAAAGGCUUACGGACCCAAGAAAAGGAGUUAUGUAUCAAAGGCAUACGGACCCAAAAAAUCAAAACUGUAUUUUCUAAUCAAUUGAAAAAAACAAAAGUCCUACGUCUACAAGAUUGUGAGGGACUCAACUUGUGCGGAUGCAGUGAUAUUGAAGAUUUCCCAUCACGUGCCCUUUUUUCCAACCUAAAUAUCCUUGACUUGAAAGAAUGUAAGAGUUUGAGAAGUAUUUUUUCACCUAUCAAUACUCGAAAUCUACAACAGCUGGAGGACCUUCGGGUAGAAGGGUGUGAUUCUUUGGAAGAAAUUUUUGUGGAAGAGGAAGGCGGGGACAAGAUCGUAUUGCCCAAAUUGAAGACCUUAUUUCUCUCAAAAUUACCAUCCCUCACAAGUAUCUGUGGAAACAGAAAUCCAUCUGAUUGGCCCUCGUUGGAACUAGUGGAUAUAUACUGUUGUCCCAAUUUGAGAGGCAUCUUUUCACGUGCCACAACUCAAAGUCUACUACAGCUCAAAAAGCUUGAAGUACAUAACUGUGAUUCUUUGGAAGAAAUUUUUGUGAAAGAGGGUGAAGGUGAAGCAGUGGUGGACAAGAUCGCAUUGCCGCAGUUGAGGACUUUACAUCUUAAACAUUUACCAUCCCUCACAAGUAUCUAUGGAAACAAAAAUCCAUCUGAUUGGCCCUCGUUGGAACUAGUGUAUAUACACGAAUGUCCAAGCUUGCUGCAUUUCCCUUUUCAACGCCAAAGAAAUGCUCCCAAUCUAAAGACCAUCACUAUAUCAUCAGUCGAGUUGUCAAGGAAAAAAUUACGGCAAAAGUAUCAGGAAUUGGAAGCGGAAUUUGGAGAACUACUUCGACUGGUAUCAGAAGAAGAAGAAGAAGAGGAGGAGGAGGAUGUGAGAAGCAAUUAUAAUGAUGUUAAUGAUGUAAGGCAAAACAACGAGGUAGAAAUUGAUCUUAACUCCAUUGACUUCUUUGCGAUGUCGUCUAUGGAGUCAUUGCAGCAGCUGGAUGAAUUGAGGCAAUCUGAUGAGCCUUUACUUGAGUUGAAACUCUUCGAGCCUCCUAGCAAGAAGCAAAAACUCCAUCCAUCAUCAUCUACAGCCUCGACUUCCAACUCACAUAGAAAUUAACCUGAACUGGUGGGGAACUUGAUCGAAUGUUAAACUUAUCGUGAUAUAUUGGAAUGCUUAUUGAACCUUAUCCUAGAGCAAGAUUAUUGUGUGAUGCAGAUUGACUUGAGUCUCUAAUUAAAUUUUCAUAGUAAUAAGGGUCACGUAAUUGGCCAAACCAACUUUUCCAUUAAAUUUCUUUAUUAAUAGUAUGACACAAUGGAGAGUCGUGUUGAUUUUGUUAGUUGUAUUUAUUCUAAGUACUGUUUUAAUACUCUGAGUAUUAGUUUGCAAACUGUCAUUAUUACCAUCAGACAACUUGAUCAAA